UCAGAGCCGCCUAAGCUCCUCACUGGUUUCCAAUCGGUCACUCCAGAGUGCACACAGCUGAGAGGUUUUCAAGCAGAGCUCCGGAAGAGUCAUUUGUCCAGUAAGCAAAGAGUCAAGAAAGGACUGCUGGAAGCGCACGGCAAAGCAAAGCGAAGGCACGCCGGGUGCUGUCAGUCCAGCUUUUGUCCCCAAUGUUAAGCCGGCGUCUGCAGCUUUGAAGGAUCCAAGCAUGAGGGAGAAAGUUGUGCCUUACAGCUGAAGGACUUGGGCAGAGAAAGUCAAGAGCACCUUGCCACUGGCUUCAUUGAGGGCUCUUCCUUGUCAAAUGAAACCACCUGAGGAACAUGAGAUUUCCUACUGGAGAGGGAGGGAAGGUGCCAAGCUGGGUAAGGAGGGAGAAAGGUGGGUUUUAAUUCUUCAGUGUUGUUUGCAUUGAGAUCACCUGGGGGAGGGGGAGAGAGUGUCAAGAGUAAAUGAACGUGGGAGGAGAAGUGAUGCAGGACCUCAUGCCAGCUGCCAAGAUGACAGACACCCUUCAGCUCCCAGCACUGCAAAUCCCAGAGCAGCAGGUAGUGGAGUGUGAUCACACCUGGUCCACUUCAUCCACUCCAACCCUGCGCCGAAGGCGGUUCAGGAUGAGACGCAUGAGGAACAUCCAGGAGCAGAGCCUAGAGACCGUGCCCUCCUCCAAGAAGGAGUUCCUACAGCUUCCUUCCAUUGAAAUCACCCCUUCCAGCGAUGAGGACACCCCCUGGUCAAACUGUUCCACGCCCAGUGCCUCUCCGCGGCGCAAGCGGUUCCUCCUCCGCAAGUGGUUGAAUGUGAGGGAGAAGAAGGAGUACAGUGAGAGCAGCGGUCAACAGAGCAGCCAACAGAGCAGUCAUGAUGAUGAUACAUCCCGAUUCCUGAGCCCCCGAAUGCGUGACGACAGCACUGCCAGUAACUCAAAUCGCAGCACUCCUGCUUGCUCCCCUAUCCUGCGCAAACGCUCCCGGUCUCCAACGCCACAGGAUCCCCAAGGAGACACCAUGGUGGAGAAAGGCUCAGACCAUUCUUCAGACAAAUCCCCUUCCACGCCAGAGCAAGGCGUGCAGCGAAGCUGUUCCUCUCAGUCGGGUCGUAGUGGGGCCAAGAAUUCCAAGAAAAGCCAGAGUUGGUACAAUGUGCUGAGUCCAACCUACAAGCAGCGGAACGAAGACUUCAGGAAACUCUUCAAGCAGCUUCCCGACACAGAGCGCCUCAUAGUCGAUUACUCGUGUGCACUUCAAAGAGAUAUUCUCCUCCAGGGCCGACUCUACCUCUCUGAAAACUGGAUAUGCUUCUAUAGCAACAUUUUCCGCUGGGAAACAUUGUUGACCGUCCGUUUGAAGGACAUCUGCUCCAUGACCAAGGAAAAAACGGCACGGCUCAUUCCUAAUGCUAUCCAAGUUUGCACUGACACUGAAAAGCACUUUUUCACUUCUUUUGGCGCCCGAGACAGGACGUACAUGAUGAUGUUCAGGCUCUGGCAGAAUGCCCUCCUUGAAAAGCCCCUGUGUCCGAAGGAGCUCUGGCACUUUGUACAUCAGUGUUAUGGUAAUGAACUAGGGCUGACAAGCGAUGAUGAAGACUAUGUGCCUCCCGAUGAUGAUUUCAACAUGAUGGGCUACUGCGAAGAGAUCCCAGUGGAAGAAAACGAGGUGAACGACAGCUCCUCAAAAAGCAGCAUGGAGGCCAAACCGGAGGCAAGCCCUCAGCUUCCUAAGAAGUCUAUCACUAAUAGUAGCACGUUGACACCCACAGGAAGUACUGAAGCUCCAGUCCCGUACGAAGGGGUGGUUCCUGAGGAAGAGGAGGCUGUGGACACCCCUGCUGAGAAGGAGCUGACAAUCGCAAACCUUAUUGGAGACAAGAUUGAGAUCAUUGCCCCUGUAAAUUCCCCUUCCCUGGAUUUCAAUGACAAUGAGGACAUUCCGACCGAGCUCAGUGAUUCCUCAGAAACUCAUGACGAAGGGGAAGUCCAGGCUUUUUAUGAUGAUCUGAAUGGACGGCAGUUUAUGAAUGAGGUGUUCAAUUUUAGUGUGGAUAAGCUCUAUGACCUGCUCUUCACAGACUCUCAAUUCCUGAGGGACUUCAUGGAGCAGCGGCGGUUCUCUGAUAUUGUUUUUCAUCCCUGGAAGAAAGAACAAACUGGCAAUCAGAGCAGAGUUAUCCUUUAUACCAUCACCCUCACCAACCCUCUGGCCCCAAAAACUGCCACUGUCACAGAGACUCAGACAAUGUACAAAGCAAGCCAAGAGAGUGAGUGCUAUGUGAUAGAUGCAGAGGUGCUAACUCAUGACGUCCCUUACCACGAUUAUUUCUACACGAUCAAUCGUUACACAUUGACGCGCGUUGCCAGAAACAAAUGCCGACUCAGGGUUUCUACAGAGCUACGAUACAGGAAACAGCCGUGGGGGCUGGUGAAAUCUUUCAUUGAGAAGAACUUCUGGAGUGGCCUAGAUGAUUAUUUCCGCCAUUUAGAGAGUGAACUGACCAAAACGGAGAGCACAUAUCUAGCUGAGCUACACAGACAAUCCCCCAAAGAGAAGGCGAGCAAACAAUCCACAGUGCGCCGGAGAAAGCGACCCCACACCCACCUGCGGGGGCCCCACCUGGAGGAAGUGCUGAGCCCUGUAACCACUCCCACAGAUGAGGAGGCUGUCAGUCGAAUCAAGCGUGUGGCAGGUUCCACUCAAACACGGCACAUCCCCGAAGAUAGUCCCAGCGGCUUCCACCUCCAGAGUGUCUCCAAAUUGCUGCUCGUUAUCAGUUGUGUUCUGGUGCUUUUGGUAAUCCUCAAUAUGAUGCUAUUCUACAAACUCUGGAUGUUGGAAUACACUACUCAAACCCUCACAGCGUGGCAGGGCCUGCGCUUACAGGAAAGGUUACCCCAGUCCCAGACAGAAUGGGCCCAGUUGUUAGAGUCGCAGCAGAAGUAUCAUGACACAGAGCUCCAGAAGUGGCGGGAGAUCAUCAAAUCAUCUGUGAUGCUCCUAGAUCAGAUGAAGGACUCACUAGUAAACCUUCAGAAUGGUAUUGGGUCUCGUGAAUAUCGGUCAGAGCCAGAUGAGAAACGAAAACGGUUCCAUUAGGAGGCAGGAACACAAACGGCCAGAGGACUGUGUGCAAUAUAUGUACAUAGAAUAUAUGAAUAUAAAUAUAAAUAUAUAUAUAUACAGAUAUAUAUAUAUAUACACAGAUUAUAUAUAUAUAUAUAUAUAUAUAUAUAUAUAUAUAUACACAGAUUAUAUAUAUAUAUAUAUAUAUAUAUAUAUAUAUAUAUUAUAUACAGAAUUUUAAAAGAGAAAAAAAGCCUACAUGCUGAGAAGAGAGAGUGGUGUCGACUGACCUCCAGCACUGGAUGAAAUGGAGAGUCAUUGGGAUAGGGACAGGACAGGUUGUGCUCUCCCAGCACUGAGGCAUUGUGGGAAAGCGCAGCCUGUGCUAUCCUGAGCCCACACAGCUCACUCUCUUGGUAUUUUCCUGGCUAUCUGUCCGUCUGUCUGUCUCCGUCUGUCUGGGUGUUCCCCCCACCCAAAGGGAAGAAUGCGAAGGAGUGAAAUCCCCUCUCCUCUAUGUUUUGUUGAACGUUAACAGAUGUUUAUAGGAGACAUUGUCAACUCUGGCAUCCAGGAGUGUUGCUCAGGCUGAUGCGAUAAUAUCUUGCUGCUGAUAUCACCUUCUGCAAGCUGUACAGGAGGGGCUCUAACUUGAUCCGUAAACCAGUGUUUGUUUCACAGUCUCCUUUACAGGGUUGUCCUUUUCUUGCCAAUCUGGCUUUGGUGGGUGCUUCUGCUGCCUACCCUUUCAGAUGAGUACCCCCAAACAAGGAUGUAGCAGCAUGUGUCACAGGACAAGUUUGUUUGAGAUAGGUGGGAAGGGCUGCUUGUUGAAUGUUCCCAUGUUCAGUUCAGUCCUCGGUGCUAACUCUCUUCAUGUAGGAGGAGUUAAGCGAAUGUAUUUUCCCUCGUCCCCGUAUUUUGCUUGACAAUGUCUCCUUUUGGGGCCAGGAGACCCUCUGAUCAUUGUGGAUAUGCAUCUUCAUCCGCUAUGUACAUCGUAGGAAACUAGCUGCUUCACUGAAAGGGCUAUACACGUAUAUUCUUACUGGCAGUAGAGAGGGAGUCCAAAGCAAGAUUCAGAUUAACGACAACAACAACAAUAAUAAUAGUCCCUCACAAUUACCCGUAAUACAUUUCCAGAUCUUCUUCUGCCAAAAGCAAAUGAGUUGUCGCCUGGGACCAAGCCUCAGAAUUUACCCAGGGACAUAGAACACCUGCUCCUGAAGUCCCUGGUCCAGCUCACAAGGGCCUUUUGCAUGGAUUUAUAAAUAUAUCUGCAUCUUGCAUACCCCUAUAUUCAAGAGAAAUGCACCACAAAAAACAGCCCUUACUAGAUAAGGAACUUUCUACUGCCUAAGAGAUAAAUGCAUCUGCUUUGUGGACCCAACUGCAUCUCACAUGCCAUGGCUGUCUCUUGGAUAUGUUAUCAGGAGUGAGAAAAGCAUCAGGGUGGUAUACCAGGAAUGGGCAGACUGGUCGUUCACUGAUGAGGACACUGUGUUAGUCAGCUAAAGUCACGGUCUUUGGUAACUGAAAACAAGCCCAGCUUUGGUGCCUUGUAGCAAAACCCCGAUAGCUCUGGGAAACAUGGACUUUAGAGCAUUUGGUAGCCACUACGCUGUGAAAAAAAGCAUGCAAAAUGUCCAAUUUUAAAAUGUUGAGAACAUUUUUUUAAAAAAAAUUGUUUUUGAAAGAUCUGGAAUUGACAAAAGUCCAAUGACUGUGUUAUAUUUUAAACAUUUUUAAAGUGGCAAUUAUAUAAGUCUGGGUCAAAGAAGAAGACCCUGUAUAAGGCAGGCAGGCUCCUUAUAUAAGAUGUGCAUAGGCAAGGGAACCUUAGAAGACCACAGUUGAGCCAUUGGCUUUUCUCUACCUGCCCCUGGUUUUGGGAGCGGUGCGUGGGUAUUGGAGGCAAAAGGAAGCUGGCAUGUUGAUUUCCAGGAGAUGAAUAGCAGGGGGAUGCAUUCCCUCUAUUGGGCUUGCUGCUACAGGCAACUCCUCCCCUCAGUUGAUGUUGGGAAACAAACGCCAUCGUGUUGGGCAAUUCUUGGUGUGUCAUUGCAUAGUGUCUGGGCAGUACCAGACAGACUCGUCUGUUGUCAGGAGAGCCUUGUCAAGGACCAUAUGUUCACAGGCAGGUCUGAUUUUAGCCUCCUGGUCUGCAAGCACUUGAAGAUUUGGAAAUGAGCAAACUUAAAUCCAUGUGCCGUAGCAAAGCCGCUGCUUCGCUCUCUCAGGAGGAGGAGGAGGAGGGAAGGAUUAUCUUGGAGUCUCGGAGAAGCUUGCAUGCCAGAUGGCUGGGCUAAAUGGCAAGAUACAGCAAGCCUUGAAAAAGGCUGGAGGGGAUUGCUUUUUCAUACUGUGAACACCUGAGCAACUAACAUUGCUUGAGGUGUUGGAUAAACACACGCAGAGGAGCUGGUAACACAGUUGUCAACAGAUUUGGGAGAGUGGGGGAGGUUGCUUACAUUAUUUAUUUUACUUAUGUAUAAAUAUACCUUCUUAUGUAAUGCUGCUGACUCAUUGGCAAUCUGUAGGGAGGCCCAGUUUUCUGCUUGUGUAGGCUCUAUAGAAGCAUUUAAUAGCCUAGUAUUAGUAUGGGGGGAAAGACCAUCUCCCUUAUUCAGCAAUUUCUUGCAGGCCCAGAAUGCCUAAGGUCUACAUAAUGUUUUCAUCCUCUUAAGGCCUCCUUGUUCAAAGCUGCACUGAGGUGGUUUUAAGAGACAAUGGAAGGAUCUUGGAAGAAGAGGAGGAGUUGAGGGGAGAGAGAAAAUGUUUCUCUUCCACCAGUAGACUUGCCGAGAAAUUUUGCUUGUGUUUCUAACAUAUCCUUGUCAGCAAGAAUCUUUCCUGCCUGUUUGAAGGACAGACUGAGCGAAGAAAAAAGGGCUCCCUACCCCCUCUACUUCCUUGCACUCCUAGUUCAAGGUCUGUUAUUUUCACAAUUGAGCACUAACCAGAAAUAGUCGCCUCCUUAUUUCAAUGAAGUGUCAAACUCUUAAGAGGGACAUCCCAGAUUUUUCCCGCCAGGGUUGAACUGUGUGUUUCAUGAAUGGAGUGGGGCACACCGGUGGUGGUGGAGUUCCAAUUUUCCCUCUUGUUGGAGAAUGUCCAUGUUCAGAAUUCUCCCAUUGGUGGGUAGCUUUUACUUAUUAACUAUACUGGAAGGCGACAGAUGUCACUGUCAAAGGGCCCUGAAUGCAGAGCACCUAUGUACCUAUGUUCUUUCUGCAUCCCAUCUACCUGGCAGAUGAUUAUCUUAAGAAAAGACAUCCUUAAAGGACACUGUCUUGUAACCAGUAGCUGCAUUCUCAUCCCAAUUGAUACUGAAGUUUCAUCUCUGCCUAGUGAUUUCAGCACACCUGCGCCGGAAGCCAGCAGACUUUGCUGGUAAUUACACUUGGGACCCAGAGCAAUUCUUUCAUAAUUUUUAAUAUCCAUUGUCGGUUUCUUGAUUUUAUAAACUGGACUGGCUCAAAGGUACCAGAGAUUUUUUUAAGCUGAACAAGUUCUUGUUUUAGGAAAUGUUAGACCUGAACACCCAGCUUGCAAAAGCGGGGAUUGUUUUACAGAUUUUGCUCUCUGUUCUUCCCCUUCAUUUCUUCUCUCAUUCGCCGGCACCUGCCUCAAGCUUAGUGGAAGCACAGGUGACUCUAUUUUUGUGCCAUAACACAUACCCUCCAGAUGUGCAAAUCAGCCAAAUUGGAGCAUUAACUCUCACCCUGACUUGCUGAGAGAGGGUGAUGAUUUCACCGUUAGCAGCUUCUGCUAAAACAUAUUCUCCCCUCACCAUUGGAAAGAGGCAAAACCUGAGAGCAUUUCACCUUUCUAUGCAUUCUGCCCCUAUUCCACCUCCUCCUUGCCUAAAUACAAUCAUUCUCCCUUUUCCUUGAAAUCCCAGGGUCUGGGUACCCUCUCUGGGCUGGCCUGGUGUUACCCCCCCACACACACCCUUUUUCUUUCCCGUGACAACAGUGUGUUCUGAAACAAACAUGUUACACUGUAGUGAGGAAAACAGGCUCUUCUGAAGGAAUUGUGUUUGCACAUGGCUCAGAGCAUAUUCUCUCUGACCUUUUUUAAAAUUAUUAUUACCUCACUUUAUUUUGGUCAGUUUUUGUUGCUAAGGUUUGAAGGGCUGGCUUCCCAACCUGAGCUUUUCAUUCGAUUUUUGGGUGGUGGCAUAACUGCAAGCUUCCCUUCUUGUUCAAAUUCCCCUAGCAAAACUGUUAAGAGUCCUGGAGACUGACUUCUGCAGAUGCUCCUGCUUCUAGGGAGAUAAAUGGCCACUUCAAGAAGGUCCCUUGUGCAGUCGUGGUGGUGAUUGUGGCCUAAAAGCCACUUCCCUCCUCCCCCGCAUCUUAAGCAUGAGCAUCUGAUCUAGACCCUGACAAUGCUUACUCAGGUGUACAAGUUUUGCCCGGUUACAUUUCAACAUCCUUAUUGGAGGAUGGCUUGCAGGGGCUGGGGGUGGGAGAGAGAGAUAAAGAGAACAGACCCGAGGCACCAACUCUUUCCUGCCUCCCAAAUAUGUCCUACAGCUGGAAGGUACUGUGGUAGGAAGGCACAAUUCUGGAGUUGAGCCACAUACAUAGGGUCCCCUGGUUGUGUCUGUUGGGAGUUGUCUGUGUGUCUGAUUCUGUAACUAUAAUAAACUUUGUGCUGUGCGCAAGGUCCAAUACAAAUGGAUUUAAAGCAAACAAAAACCACAAACUUGACUGCUAGAGCCUAGGAGUUAUAAAGGCUACAGAGCCAAAUCUUAAUGUAAAGUAGCUAGAAAAAAAUGGAAUAAGAGUAUGAAUAAAAUAUAAUGAACAAAAGACCAAAGCAUCAUGUGGGUUCUUUUGCUUUUUAUUUUGCUGUCUCGUUUUUGUCUCC